AUGUUCCGAACAGCCCUCCUAAGGUCCGCCAGGCAAGCCCUGCGCGUCGCGCCCCGAUACCAGUCCACAAUGGCUCGCCCUGUCGCCCGAAACUCCUUGUUCCAAGCCAAGCAAAUCGUCCCCGCCGCGCGCUUCCAGGCAGUGCGAUGCUACUCUGCAUCCGCUGGUCUCUCGAAAGAUGAGAUUGAGGGCAGAAUAAUGGAUUUGUUGAAGAACUUUGACAAGGAGUUCAGCAUUGAGAUUCCAGACAAGGAGGCAGAUGCCAUCCACAGCGUGAAACAAGCAGUGGAUUACAUCAAGGCCCAGCCUGAUGGUAGGUCGAUUAGCACCACAGAUUCUCCCCGAAUGCUGCUAACCAUUCAACAGCGCACUAAACGAUAUCCCAUUGCGCAGCAGGAAUGA